AUGGACGCCAAGAAAACUAUACCAGCUACUCAGCAACCGCUGACUCACCAACACAUAAUGGCCCACCAUGUUCAUCCUGAUCAAAUAUACACCCAGCAGCAAAUGUCAAAUCACGUAACAUCCAACCCACCUAUACAAAAUCAGCCAAAUGGCGUUAUACAUCAACACCAGCAGCAGCAGCAACUCAUACAGAAUCAAUAUCAUGCAACAAUGACCGCGAGAUCACCCCUUCUAGAAAACAGACAUGAAAUAUAUGGAACCAGUCAUAAUCACGAAUACGCAAGACAUUAUGGCGCAAAUGACAACUACAACUAUCAGCAACAGCAAUCUCCAACCACUGAAAGAACAGAACAAAUUAUUCACACAGAUCAUAAUGUUAAUCACGAUAUUGUACAUAACAUCCCGAAGGGGUACAACGCCGAAGUUUAUCAAGACUAUUUGAAACGUAACCCACCGAAAGACAGUAACCAAAUAUAUCAAAAUCAUCAACCUAUGUAUAGACCUAAUAUGAAUCAAUAUGGUUCAAAACCUUAUUUGCCAUAUUCGAAUAGAAUAGGACCUCAAAGUAAUACAGAGCUUUUGAGGAGACAGUACAAUGAAAUCCAACAGCUGAAAAUGCAACAGCAACUCCACUAUCAGAAUCAGGCACAAAUGCAUCAACAACAAAAAUUCGCUGAGAGACAACUCCUAUUGCAACAAAUACACGGAGUGCAGCCUCCACCUAACUUACAAAACAGCAUUUACUCUGACAGUUCCUAUAGGGAUUUGGAUAGGUACGGUAGUAGAAAUGAUUUCAAAGAGUAUACAGGAGAUAUUCAGAAAGAUGUAGAUAAGUAUGCUAAAAAUAAUGAAUAUAGAGAGAUAGAGAGGCAAAAUAAACAGUUCCAAGAAGCGCAAUGGCAACAUAAUCAAGAAGGAUUUAAGGAGAUUGAACGGUAUAGAAGUCCACCAGAGGAGGAGAAGACAAAGCACAGAUCUCCACCAACCGAUUUUAAUAACCAACUAAAAAGGAACACGGGUACGAUGUCUCCGAUGAAGUCCAGUGAAUCCAGUUCGCCUAGCGUAAAGUCCCCAUCAACUGAAAGUCGCAGGAGUAGCAGUGGCCAAGCUUUACGGUCACCAACAGCGCAAAGAAUUCCAUCUGCCCCGGUUACUAUAUCCGGAAUGCUUUAUAAACAGGGAUCCGAUGGCCUCAAAGUGUGGCGGAAGAGGUGGUUCGUGCUAUCUGAAUACUGUUUAUUCUACUAUAAAAGUCAAGACGAAGAAAAACUGUUGGGGUCCGUUCUUUUACCAUCAUAUAAGGUAUCCGCUUGUACUAGUGAAGAUAAGGUAAUGAGGAAGUACGCAUUUAAAUUAGAACACGCAAAUAUGCGGACGUACGUAUUAGCAGCGAUGGAUCAAGAAUCUAUGAUGAAAUGGGUGAAGGGGCUAACUAUGGCUGCACUUAUGCAAAACUACAGCGAACACCAACGGAAACAAAUUGAGCGAACUGCAAAACCAGAGGAUGACGAUAUUCCUGGACCCACAUACGCAAAUGCACCUCCCAAGCCACGACGCUCAAAUGAUGGAUACAAUUCACCAGGCUCAGACAUAUACGACCCAAAUUACGAUCUUUUGAUCAAACCAGAGUCUCAAUAUAAUCAAAGCACUUCGAAGCAAUAUCAAGAUCAAUAUGGAAGUAAAGCGAAUCAAGAAGCUUACGCCAGAACUCCACAGUCGCCUCCCCAACAACCUCUCUAUCAAACAAAAAGAUCUAAUGAAUUACACAAUGUUUCUGGAUCGAACCACGAAAGACCUCAAGAACUGUAUAAAUACCCACAAUCGCCCCCUUUUGAAACAAGGCGUCUUCCCGAUGAAAACAUGUACCAAACACAAAAUAAUCCCUUCUUACAAAAUUAUUCAAGCCAGGAAACUCGUGUUCCGCCUCUUGAAACACAAAACACUGAUCAAAAAUCCGUUAAAAGUUAUGGAGACAAUUAUCCAGAGUCGAAAACUCGUAAUGAUCCUAAUGCACAUGCUAGAGAUGUGUAUGGUGAAUUAAAGGAUCUAAAGCCGGUUCCAACGAACAGUGUAAAUGAUCGAAUUAUGGAGAGGCGAACGCCCGACGCAUACGGGCGCUCCACUACGAUGUCGAGUUAUAAAAACAAACUUGGUGAUUAUGAAGAUGUAUACUCCCCAUAUUCAAGUGAAAAUCCUGCGAAGUCACCUAAUUUAUCACUACAUCGAGAUAAUAUUAGUUUGUCAAGUCAAAAACAGCAACAAAAGCCCAAUCAGAGUCAAGAGAAAGUGUUUAGCGGGCCAUCAGUUCUUCGAAGAAAGAAAAUGCAAGCAAGUGGCAUACAACCUCCCAUGCCCAGACCACAUAGCGCAGACUUUCUAGAGUACGAAGCUAGAAACGAAUCAUUGAAUAAGACAAUGCCAACAAGAAACAAUUUAGAUCUUCAUAAAAAUCCACAGCGGCCUAAGUCUAGUCUUGACAUAAACUCAUAUUACGACCCCAGUUCAGAAACAUAUUACUCUGAAGAGAGCUAUGCAGAAAAAAUGAGACAGUCAGCUCAAUAUUUGCAGCAACAAGGUCUUGCGCCUCGUAAUAUACAGAUACCUCUCGCAAAAUAUGCAAGUGGUUUAGCUGAAAAACAAUUGCAGUCCCCCUAUGCUCAUACACAAAACAACAAUUAUGAAACGGAAUUUGGCGCAAAACAACGCGAUAAUAUCAGCUACACCUCAAAAUACAGUGAUCUAGAAGGGUUAAACUCUAAUUGGAUGCUAAAAGAGAAAGAUUUAGAACAACAAAAGGAUUACUUGAACCGAAGUGGGAGUGUAAUGAGUGAUGGAUCAAAUGGAAGUUACCUGAAAGAAGCAAGUAAACUGGAGCCUAAUUCUGAUGGUUUUAUAAGAUCUGCGAGUGCACGAUUACCUACUACAGAACGUGAUGGUGAAAAGAAAGUUCAGCAGCGCGAGGAAUCAAUGAAACGCUUAUUGGAAUGGAAACAAAGAAUGUUGCAGUCUCCUUUGACUAGAAAAAGUACUCCUGCAACUAUUUCCUUAGCAAGAUCUCUAAAUCAGAGUCGACAAUCAUUAAGAUCAGAUCAGUACAAACCUAAAACAUACUCAAAUAAUUCAUAUAACAGCUACUCAUCUGACGAUGAAGAGGAAACACCUGGGACUGAUCUGCAAAACUCAAGUGCUAUGCAGGCAGGAAGGUCUUACAUACAGGGAAUAGAGAGUCCCUCAAUAACAAAACCAAAAUCCCCUCACGAGCCUUGUUCUGUCCUAUUGCCCGAUCAAAAAUUCGAAAUAACAAGUGUUAGUAAAAACAAUAGCAGUCUCCAAAAUGCAUACGAAAAUAUUAAUGUAGAAGAAUCCAUGGCCGAGAAUGUUAAAAGUAACGCACAGGAAGAACACAUAUACGAAGAUCAUAUUCCUCAGCUUAUUGAUAUGCCUGAAGAGACUGAGCAGACAUCAGCAGUUAUUUGUGAUGGAUAUGAAACGCAUGAAAGUGAAUCGGAAUCAGAAGCUCAGCUCGAAUAUACAGAUAAUGAUUUAGAUGAAGUACUUCUUGAAUCGGAUACUGAAACGUCUAAGCAAGAUAAUAACGAACUUGCAAGUAAUCAAUCAGAAACCCCGCCAAUUCUACCACUAAGUGAAGAUCAUUACUUACCGAUGAGCCCUAGAAAAUUAUUGUCAAUAGAACCAGCACAUAGAAUGAUUUUAGAAAAUUUAAGCGUUUUCGAUCAAUCUAUGCCAAUAACUUAUGAAGAUAAUCCAUAUGUAGAAAUGAAUUUGGGAGGGGAGGAGGAUGACAUGCAGACAUACGAAAUUGUUUGUGUAAACAAUGGUAAGAUGGUUGAACCAGUGUACAUGGAAUUGAAUAAUCUUACGGCAGCUGAUCAAGAAAUAGAAAAUACGAAUUUAAAAGAUUGCCACUCAGAUACAGCCUCUAAUUUUGCAGACACCAAAGAUCCAACAUUGAGGAGAGUGUCAAAAACCGAGAAAAAUAAAGAAAAGGCGGAAGGUUCUGACGCUGAUGAUGAAUGCUCUAAAGACCUAUCGAUAGAUGCCCCUUUUAGUAGAUUAAGUAUUUCAGAUACAUUCCGUCCUGCUUCAUAUUAUCUCAGUUGUAGUUCUAUGAUUUUGGAUAGGCAGGAUAGUUCUGAUAGUGAUAUCUUACCACCUCCACCCAUUCCAAGUUCAUCUCCACCAUGCGAAGAAUUAAAUGAUGAAGCCUUGUCCAGAUAUAUUUUAGACAAAUUAGAUAAAUCCGAUAUCUCUCAAGAUAAUUCUAUUUUAAAAAUGUUAACAAACGAAAAUCAAAAUAUGAAUAAAAUGAAAAGAAAAGCGACCUCGUUAAUGAUAUACGGUAGCCGAACUUCAAUUCACGAUACUCUUACCAGGGGUGAAAAAAUUCGACAUAAUAGAGCAAGCUUAACAAAUGAUAGGAGUAAAUUAUUGGAAGAAAAAGAAACGAUCAACCUAUUAAAUAGAUCUUUAUUCGAUUUGAAAAACAAUUCUUCAGAUUGUAUUGACUCUGAUUCGUUCAGAAGUUGUAUUGUUGACAGAGAUUCAUCGAGAUUGUCCUUAGAUUCAGAUGUAAGUAGUAAAUUUGAAAUUACUCCAUCAAAUAUAUCUUCAGAACUUACAAGCUUAGCUGAUGGUGACUCGAUAUAUGAUUUACGUAAUUCAAGUGACUGCGCUGAUGCUAAUUUGUUACGGAAGAACCAAUUUGUUUCAGAAACUUAUUUGUUAAGUCAAAUUGAACGCAGCGAUUUGAUACAACUUAACAGAACGUCAAACGAAAGAGAUACGUCUUGUAAUCCAGAAGAAACUAAAAUGAAUAAAACACAAACUUCAACCAAUAGUGAAAAUUUGAAUAUUGUUUGUUCCCACACACGUUCAUCUAGCACCCCUGUUAGUUGUAAAAGCAAUAUUAUUCGUGAUAGAUCAAACAGUCAUGCUUUGGAAUCGAAGCGUAUAGACACACAAUACAAAAACAUUGCGGAUCAUACUUCGGGAUACAUUGGUUCACAGAGUUCUUGUAGCUCACUCGGUGUUUCUCAUUCUCCUAUAUCAUUUUACACUAAGUAUUCAAAAGGAGAAACGUUACUGAGAAAAAAUUUGAAUAAAACUACAGAUAAAGUAAAGGAAAUCAAGAAGAUCAAUAUUAAAGAAAAGUAUAACGCUUCAUCGACAACCACUGGUUUUCAUAGUAGAGAAAGUUCUGCCGAGCACAGUGCCCCCUACUACUAUUCGGAUCUUUCAUCACAGGAGCAUAUUGAUAUUUUACCAACUUCUCAUUAUAUGAAAAAUACUAACAUACACAGAAAAUUAAAUAAUCAACGACGGAAAGGCCUCUUGCAUAAACGGAAUGACAUAACACAUAUACAUAACCCGAUCCACAGUAACAAUGUUUUUGUAUCCGAUAAUUCUUUUGAAUUGGCAGCAGCUAGAAGUGUAUCCGUUGAAUUUCUAAGUGCAACAGAAAAAGAUCCAGAAAUAGAUAUUAAAAAUUUAUAUGAAUCGUCGAGUAGUAAACGCUCAAAAAUACCAGAAUCGAUUGGUUUAUUGGGUAGUCUAGGCUGUAAAAGAAAUACAAGUAAUUCAAAGUUUUCAUCAGAAGAAAAGACGGUAUCCGACCAUUCAGAAUUACAACAACGAAAUUUGUUAAAAGCUAGGGUUUCUACUGGAAGUAUGUCCUCACACUGCAGUGAAAACUCUUCAAAUACUGUAUAUUAUGACGCUGAAACUGAAGCAACUACAUAUGAGAAUAUUUUUGUUGGAGAAAAACAUUGGGAUGAAGAUCAGCUAUGGAGAGAUAAUUUAAGAAGAGUCUCUCAUAGACAUGCUCGUUCAAUGGAUGAUUUAGAUGCUUUGCCUGAAUCUAUAAGUUCUAAUAAUACACCCGAUUUUAAUAGCAUUAAGCGCGUUAAGAAAGUUGUGUCAAACAAUAAGGUAAGUAGAAACGUUACUUACGUAAAUUGCGAUAUACAAGCACAGAUUUUAAGAAAGGAUAAAAAAGUGGGCCAUGCUAUUCCUGAUGAGAAUGAUGUUUAUGUUAGUCUUGCAAAUGAUGUUAACAUAGCCUCAGAUAACACAAUUGUUGAUGAAGGCGUCUAUGAACAAUUGUCAAUCGAUACAACUGAAAUAUCGUCAAAUGACAUAUGUAACAGUAAAGAGAAACAGUCGAAAAUCAAUCGAAAACAGUUUGAAAUAGAUAGAGAAACAUUAAGGCAGUGGGAUUUGAUGUCGAGUGGAUUAAUGAAAGAUGGUUCAAGGCUAGUGCGGGGUGCGGUUAUGGGUGUUAACGUAAACGAAGCUGCAUGCACGGACAACAGAACUGAAAAUGCAAGCAAGGGAACAUCCUUAACAAUAUCAGGCACUAACAUAGAAUCUAACGCAAACAAUAACCAAAUUCAACAAACAUUAUCAAAUAAAUCAUUUGUCGGAAGUAAUACAUCUAUUGGACGUAGUAAUAGAGAUGGGAAUAUACCAGUAAGAGCAGUCAGCCCAAGAGUAAGAUGGGUUGAAGAUAAAGCAAAUGAGCAUUACACGUCACAACAGAUUAGUGCGUCGCAGCAUAAUCUUAAUAUAUUACCGGGCACAGAAGAAUCUUGGGCCACAAUUAGGUCCCCUUCUCGGAUGUCCCAACAGCCCGUAAGCGCUGUCAGUCCUAGAGUUAGGAGGAACACUGAAACUGACGAAAUGAAAAAGGUGUCUCGAGAAUUGGUAGAUAUACCGACAGCUGGUGAACUCCUGGGACGGAGUCAUGAAGAAUUAGUUCUCCUUCUUAUACAAUUACGUCGACGGCAUGCUGCAAUACAUCGAUCCAUAGAGCAAUGCUGCCACCAAAUUAAUAGUAUAGAGGAAUGUCUUAGUUCUUUAAAAGCUUUAGAACGGGAGGAGAGUCUACGAAGGCUCGAACAAUUGAAGAUGCAAUUAAUGGAGCUAGAACAACAGUAUGCAAAAAGCAAACCCCUUGUUCAAUUAGUGGAUAAUAUGGUCAAACUUGGGUCAUUGUACAAUAAACCUGGAUCAACAAUUGAACGCCUUGAGAGAAAUCAGAGGCUAAGACAUAAGGUUCUUGCAGAGCAUGCAGUUGAGCAACAACGGUGGUUGGAAAGUGCUGCAGCUGGAAAACCCUUGGAAACAGAAGCAGCAAGAGCAAGAGUGGCUGAACUUUGGGCUUUGGAACAGGAGUUAGCUGAUGAGGCGUCCAUAUUGCAAGGACUAAAAACUGAUAAAGAUGCCAUAGAAUCAUUGCUUUCAGGUGUUCGUAGUAAGCUGGACACAGUGAAUUUAGAAGAUCCACUUCAUGGGGGUGGUCUUGAGGUGGAAUUGGCCAGAGUUCACGCGAUGCUGGCGCACAAUUCUAAGAAACUGGAGCAGACGGUAGCUGAAAACGCCCGAUUAGAGCGCGAAUUACAACAGUUGCGUAGGGCGUUACGGGCAAGGAGGGCUGCUCCACAGCCCACACAUUCACAUCCCACACAGCCUGCACAGCCCACUCAUCCUACCGCCAUGUUAGAAGAUGAAGUUACAAGAGUCCAGCAGUUGGUCACAGCUCUGCAAAGACAGCGUCAAGAGUUAAGUCGCGCCGUGAGGCACUUGACCCAGCAGUCCCAGGUCUUACAGACGACACAAGAUUCUAUGCCAGGACAACAUCGGCCAUUAUCAUACUGGCAAGAAACGAAUCUAGAUACUGGUCAUACAAUUGACCAUGGCCAGGAUUAUGAGUACGAUAGCCAUCCAAUCCACUACGGACAGACGGAACCAUUAUAUGUUGAUACUAGACCUGGCGAUAUCACCUCUCCCAUGACCAGUGAGGACAUGCAGCAUUCGGCAUUUGGUCAUCUAUCCAACGUCGAAAAGCAAGAAAUCAAAACAGUCCGUAUAGUGAAACGCGAGAGUGAGAGACGUCAAAGAGACAGAGAGCGCUCCCUCCAGCCAAUGUCCGAUUGGUCCAACAACAUCACGACCAACAUCGACCAGUUCCUCGAGGAAGAGUUGGUCCAACCCAUCAACAACUAUCGGGCGUCCUCCGUCCCAAGAACGGAUUACUCCAAAUUCGAGGAAUACUAUGCGAAACAAAAUAAAGAGACACCGUAUUUAAAAUUCGAGAGGAACAUGGAACUCAGCCCAAAAUACCCAUCCAGCCCGUCUCUGUCUAACUACGACUACUCCCGAGAUUACAAAUAUAGUUACGACAGACUAACUCUAUCUAACCAGUACCUGAACAGCCCGACGGAAAGUUCCAGAACUUUAACCAAUGACAUUUCGAAGACCAGCAGUGUCAUGAGCCUGACGAGAUCGAACAUGGAGUUGUCGCCGAUAUUCAAAAGUGAGGCUGCGAAGGAGAUAAUCACAGAAAUGUCGGACACACAUAAGAAUGGAUCUUUGCAUAGGAGACAGGUUCCAAAAGAAAAGAGGAGACAUUAUACUGCGCCGCAUCAUUUGAGUGCGAAGACAUUGAAUGAAUUACCGAAGAAUGGCUAUAAACAAGAUGCAAUGGCACGUUCCGUGGACGACGCAGACAUGGAGCGUGCAUUACGCGGCGCCGCGCCUGACGUUGUAAGGUCUGCUCUCCCCGCUACCAAGAUACGCGACUCCAUCGACCAGUUGCUGGCUGCGCCUCAGAAAAUCGUGAUUCCCGAGCGAUACAUUCCUGAGAAGCCCCCAGAACUAUCCCCAGAAGAACAACAGAAGAGACAAGAGAAAGUAGAGUCGAUAAAAAAGAUGCUGUCCAGCUCUUCGGGUGACCAAACCAGCACCAAGAGCCCGGAUGGAGAAAAACGACAGCGGGAGCACUUACUACAAAUGAACCAGAUACUCGCCAAGCAAGUCACGGAGAUGAGCAAAAUUAUAGCUGUGAAAGCCUUGGAAGAACUGCCUCUAACAAACAACGCUGAUGAUUCGGAUCGCUCACCAGAUGUGGAAUUGCCAAUAUAUCAGCAGAGGGACAAUUUCUUCACCUAA